CUUUUAAAAAUGUUUUUGCAGACAGGUUUCUUUGUGUAACAGUCAGGCUGUCCUGGACUUGCUUUAUGUAGACCAGGCUGGCCUCGAAUUUAGUGGCCUCUGCCUCUGCUGGGAUUAAAGGCAUGCACCACCACUCAGGGUGAGAGCCUGAACCUUUUGUGAUUGGAGAAAGGAAAGAGGGCUUGUGGGUGGGAGACCUGACGUCACAAAAGCUGGGCCCAGAGCUAAGUAGGCUGAGGAGGGCAGUAGAGUCCUGUGCCACCAUUGGGGCCAUGGGCUGCUGUCAAGACAAGGACCAUCAGACCUCUGAUGAGCACGCAAGGGAAGACAUGAAUGAGGGAGGCACCAACAUUGACUUGGACAACACAGGCCGCCGUAAACAAAGAUCUAACGAAAGUAUUCUGAUCACCGUGCUGUGGCGCAGGCUAUCCAUGUUCAGCCGUCGGGGGUCCUCACGGUCAGGCAAAAGGCUCUCAGACCUGACUCAAAGGCAGGACAGUCAGAUCCAGGAGCGCAAACGUGAAGGAAGCCACAAGGAACCAGAAAAGGGCUGACUUGAACCCUGGUCUCAGUCCUCCCCAACAUCCAGAGAAUAAAAUUAAUACUGUGGACCUGCCCAAAACACUCUUGCUUCGGCUUCCAGCUCCGUAGUAGACCCGGCCGCGGGCUCUUUAAGGCUCCCCUAGCCCAGCCCCC